CUCGUGCUGGUGUCUGUCAGAAGUUUUCACGUCGCUGCGCCUCAGCAACGUCUCCUGCGAGAAGGACUGAAAACACGGACAAGCUCGUCCGAGAGAUUACCAGAGAGCGACUUUCCACACCUGGACGCAGUCAUGGAGAGUGUGUUUGGAUGGGAUCCGAACCCAGUCCAAACAAACCCUUACAUCAUGAUCAUCGAGCAGCCCAAGGCCAGAGGGAUGAGGUUCAGGUACAAGUGUGAGGGUCGAUCAGCGGGCAGCAUCCCCGGGGAGAAGAGCAAUGAGACCACAAAGACACAUCCGGCCAUCAAGGUGCACAACUACAGUGGCCCGCUGCGUGUCCGGAUCUCCCUGGUGUCGAAGAAUGCCCCGUACAAACCUCAUCCUCAUGAGCUGGUGGGGAAGGACUGCAAGCAUGGGUACUAUGAAGCCGACCUGCAGGAGAGAAGGAUCCACAGCUUUCAGAACCUGGGCAUUCAGUGCGUGAAGAAGAAGGAUGUGGUCGACGCGAUCACUUGCAGACUGCACACCAAUAAUAAUCCUUUCAAGAUUCCCGAGCCGAAGGUGUGGGAGGAAGACUUUGACCUGAAUUCGGUGAGACUGUGCUUCCAGGCCUCCAUCACUCUACCCACCGGGGAGCUGUUCCCUCUGGAGCCGGUGGUCUCGCAGCCCAUCUAUGACAACCGAGCUCCAAACACAGCUGAGCUAAAGAUCUGCAGAGUCAACCGUCACUCUGGAACUUGCAAAGGAGGAGAUGAGAUCUUUUUGCUCUGUGACAAAGUGCAGAAAGAGGACAUAGAGGUGCGGUUCUUCCAGGACACCUGGGAGGGAAAGGGCACUUUCUCCCAGGCUGAUGUUCACAGGCAAGUAGCCAUCGUGUUCCGAACACCCCCUUACCGAGACACCAACCUCACCGAGCCUGUCAGAGUCAAGAUGCAGCUCAGGCGACCGUCCGACAGAGAGGUCAGCGAGCCCAUGGAUUUUCAGUACCUGCCAGACGAACGAGAUGAGUACAGGCUGUCGGAGAAGAGGAAACGUACAGGAGACAUCUUCCAGAGUCUGAAGCUGAUGCCCACAGUGACUGUUGCGUCAGACAGACGACACAUCAGCCCCAUCAGAAGGCCACACUCAACCAUGCCCCCCAACCCUGCACAAGCCGCUGCAGUGGCGCCCCCUGCUCCCCCUCAGUACAUGCCGGGAAGCCAUUUGUUCUCGGUCCAGCCCAAAGUGGAGGCCCAAGCUACUCACGGCACCUCAACAGACAGUCGCGCCUGGAAGAUCAUGGAGAGCCUGAAACUGGGCCCCCAACCCAACACUCCUACAGUGGCCAACUUGUCAAUGAGCCAGGCCCCACCUUCCUCUUCCACCUCUGCCGCCGCCUCCUCCUCCUCCUCCUCCAUUCUACCCACUGCCAACCAGGAAUACUCUACUGUCAACCUGUCUGACAUUCACCUGUCUGAGUUUUUUCCAAAUAUUCCAUCCAACAUCGGUCAAGACUCUGGAACUUCAGCCUCUCAGUUCAUGGAGGACGAUAUCCCAGAGUUCCCCAGUUUUAAUGAACCCCAUCACCAAGGAACCUUGGACAGCCUCAACAUGGAUGACUUUGUGGACCUUCUGACCCCAAACAUGAUGGGCGAGAGUAGCGGCCACCAGCCUUCUUCAUGCCAGCAGGUGCUGCCCAUCUCCUGCCCCGCCUCCUCUGCCCAAACAAUGGUCCAGAACAGUUCAGACCAGCCGGUGGGCACAUGGAUGAGCUACCCAAGCAGCAUCACCAGCCUCAUCGAUUCUGGAGCCAUGAAUGACACCCCGUCCACCAAUCAUCACCAAGCGCUCCAGGACCUGGACCACCUGUUGUCAGCCGAUGAAGACCGACUCAUGUCCAUUCUGAACAAUGGGACUCAAACGGGCUUCGUGUCAGGGCACCCGACUUAAGAGGUUCGACAAUGAAUGAACAGUGAACAUUGCUCCCCCUGCAUCCCAAACACAAGCCCAACUGAUGACCGUUGACUGAAGAGUGAUGACAUAAAGAAAGCAGCGAGGCACUGCAAAAGAGCCACUCUGCCUCCCGAACACAUUCAUGAACUGUGGAGGAGCCUCAGUGUUAGGGGGAGUUUUGCCCUGUUUGUGACCAGAGCAGUGACACCAUGUUCGCGAUAGGAGCACAAGUGUAUUACUUUGGAUCUCUAGUGAAUGUCUGAUAUGCUUUAGUGAAUUCAUGGUUACAACACAAGCGACUGUCUCACUGACACAAAAUGAAGUUUUUUGAAGUUCUCAAAGUGGGCCAGACUCUCCAGCACAGUGCUGAAGAGCUUCUUUGUGUGCAUUUCGACUAACUGCUUUUUUCAUCAGUUGACUUUCUGUCCCAGAUUCUUAAAUCAUGACAAUGACCUGCUAGAAUUUUCAUUGUCGACACGCUGCCCUUGCUCCCUCCAUGUCAGAACAGAUGUCAUGAAUUAACUUUACAGUCGUGAUAGAUAGUAUUAUGAUAGUUUGUCAAGUAUCAGCUCCAUAUAUUUGCUCUGAUUUGGUUUGCCCUUGGCUAACUGCCCAGGCCAAACCAGGCUUUACAUUGAAUUUCCUCACCAACUGAAGGUUUCCAGGUUGAGUGAGAUCAAUGACCACCUCUCACCCAGGAUUAAAGUGCCUGCCAAAUAUAUGCCAAAAAUAUGUCUAUUAUGUACAUCCAGGGUUUCCGGCUGAAAAUCUGUUAGUCAAGGUGGUGAGCGGUGGGCCACGAGGGCAGCCCCACGAUGGCAAAGAAGGCACACUGUUGAACUUUGUUCCGUUCCUUAUGUCUGCGUCCUUAUGUCCUUCAGUUGUGUUCAGCCAGUUUUAUUUUGGUGUUGUGUGAGACGAGUGAGUGAGAACGAGAGAUUGAGUGCCCGAGUGCAUAAUUAACAGAAAUGUAUUUCUAUAUUGUUAUCAACGAGAAUGUGUUGAUAUUUCCAAUAAGAUCAACUCAAGUUUCAUUUGUUGCGAUGCAGUAAUCCUUAUUCAGAGGACAAAAGAAAGGCUGGCGCACUACUGCUUUCAUUGCACCAUGUGCCCUGGUCCUCUCCAUUCGCAGUACAAGAUUGUACUCUUGUAUAGAAGAGUAAUGUGCCAAAGCAGGUAUUUUUUUCCUGUUUCCUCCGUUUGGAAAUAUGCGCCCCGUGUUUCCUCAACAGUUACUAUGAGAUGUUGAGAGCACUCUUUCCUGCCCACUCUGAGCUCUUCCUGUUGUACAUAUAGUGUCUGAUGAGGAUUAUCGCCAGCACUUGUCUUUUAUUACCACUCAGUUCAGAAAAAUAAAGUGUUUCUAACUAAUCUG